AUGCUCAGAAUAUCGCAACUAAUGGAGCCUUCGGAACCAUCAGAGGGCGGAGUCUGGGGACAGCAUAACGUGUCUGAAGCCGUGGCUGUCACCGACUCUCUUGGUUUCUUUAAGGAGCAGGGCCUAUUCUAUCAAGAGGAUGCCACAGUCGGGGCCAUAGUAAACGCCUUGGAUGCGCAGGGUUUGUCUGGUACCAACGAGGGGUUUAAGUUCUUCACAGGAUACUUGGUCGGAGAUGCGGUAUGUGGCAAGAAGAAAAUAAUUCAGUACACUUCUGAUCAACGCGCAGCGUAUUCGGCCAAUACUCGAACCAUACCUGAAGCAUCCUAA